AAAAAAAAAAAAGAAAAAAUCUUGUUUUGUAUUGCAUAUAUUGUUGUGUAAAAUAAAUCUGUAUAUCGUGUUAGAUUAUGUUAUGUAGAUUCUAAGCUUGUAAAAAAUAUAAUUGAGUAGUGGGGGAGAUAGUCCCGACGAUGUUUUUAAGCAUCACAAUCGAAAGAUUGGUAGACAUUCGUAUGUUUGUGUAUAGUCCAGAGUAGAUCGCUAACAUGACUGAUUAUAAACCUGGUAAAUUGAUUAUCGAGGGUAAGACUAAAAUAGUCUAUGAGGUUAUGCAUGAUAAAGAAUUAUGUUUCAUUCAAAGUAAGGAUCGCAUUACGGCAGGAGAUGGUGUAAAGUCUCAUGAAUUAGAAGGCAAAGCUGCUAUUAGUACAAAUACAACAGCUAAAGUUUUUCAGUUACUGAAUCAAGCUGGUAUAAAUACAGCUUUUAUUAAGCUUGUUAGUGACACAGCUUUUAUAGCACAAAAAUGUGAGAUGAUACCUAUUGAAUGGGUUAUAAGAAGAUUAGCCACCGGUAGUUUCUUAAAAAGAUAUUCAGGAGUAGUAGAAGGAUAUAGGUUUAAUCCACCAUUGCAAGAAACAUUUUAUAAGGAUGAUGCUAACCAUGAUCCUCAAUGGUCAGAAGAACAAAUAAUUUCUGCUAAUUUCCAAUUAAAUGGAGUUAAAAUUGGCAAAGAUGAGAUUGAUAUUAUGCACCGUAUUACAUUGACUGUUUUCGAAGUUCUUGAAAGAGCUUGGGCUACACGAGAUUGCGCUCUUAUAGAUAUGAAAAUAGAAUUUGGUGUAGAUAUAUCUGGUAAAAUUGUAGUUUCUGAUGUUAUCGAUAGCGAUUCCUGGAGAUUAUGGCCAUCUGGUGAUAAACGAUUAAUGAAAGAUAAGCAAGUGUAUAGAAAUUUAAUUUCUGUUAGUCAAGCCGAUUUGGAUACUGUUAAACGCAAUUUCAAAUGGGUGGCAGAUCAAUUGGAAUAUCUCAUUCCACCUCCAACAUCAUUAAUUGUUAUUUUAAUGGGUUCUUUAUCUGACAAAGAACAUUGCGAAAAAAUAGCAAACCAUGCAAAGAAAUUAGGUUUAAUAGUGGAACUCAGAGUGUGUAGUGCACAUAAAGGUACUCAAGAAACUCUGCGUAUUCUUGCUGAAUAUGAAGGUAGUGGAAAAAAGGUGGUGUUCAUUACUGUAGCAGGGAGGAGUAAUGGAUUAGGUCCAGUAUUGUCUGGAAAUACUGCUUUUCCAGUUAUUAAUUGUCCGCCUUUUAAACCAGAAAACAUUACACAAGACAUAUGGUCAUCUAUAAAUGUACCUUCAGGAAUUGGUUGCACAACUGUUGCAUAUCCAGAAAGUGCUGCACUUGCUGCAGCCCAAAUACAUGCACUUCACGAUCAUAUGGUUUGGUCAAAAUUGCGUGUAAAUCAGCUUAAUAAUUUUAUUAAUUUGAAAGAAGCAGACAAGAAGUUGAGAGGUCUUAGAUAUAUCACACUUUAAAAAUUUCAUCUCUUUUUUUUAUUAAUGAGAGUUCAAAGAGAUUAAACGAUCUUUUUGGGUUACUUCUGUAAAAGAAUAUGAAUGCAUUUAAAUGAUUUAGGAAA